AUGGCAGAAUGGGACCCGUGGCGCCCACUAGGCAACGGAUGGCAGAACUCCUGGAGCCCACGUACAGUACUGGCGCCGCCUGGCGGCGGCAGCUGGCGCUGUGACGACGCGGCGGCCAAGGCGGCGGCCGCCCCCGUGAUGCUGCAGCGCGCCCGCAAAGCCGACCUGCGGCGGCAGAUCGACCACGCUGGAGUGGCGCAGGCGACCCUGCGUUGCUGCGACGUGCAGGUGUCGGCGGCUGAGCUGGCCCUGCCGGCGCAGCUGGUGUCUGGCCUCGCGCGCGGGGUGCAGGGCCUGCUGCGGGCGGGGUGGCCCGCCUCAAUGAUUGUCAUGUACGAUGAGGCCUGGCUGCUGAUCGAGCACCUGUCAAAGCCGGAUGACGCCGCGGCCACCUUCAGGGCGGACGGCUCCGCCAUGUACACCACAGCCUGGGUGGCCCUGACAGACGCUGAGCCAGGCAACAGCUGCCUCUACGUGGUGCCCAGCUACGCUGACCCGGGCUACCGGGAGGGGGACCCGGAGGAGGAGGACGCACCCGACCCCCUCACGCGCGCACUGGACACAAAGGAGUCGUACCAGCACAUACGUGCGCUGCCCUGCCCUGCCGGGGCCGCCGUGCUGUUCACCCACCGCAUCAUCCAUUGGGGCUCCAGGGGCCGCCCCGGCCACCCGACCCCGCGCAUCUCGCUGUCAUUUGGCUGCGCCGAUGACGCCUACGAGGCGCCCUACUUUGACAGGUGA